UGGCGCUGUGGUUUAUAGUUCCUCCGUUCACCCUUCACGCCGCAGAAGAGGAGCGAGGAUGCAGCGAGACAAAAGCGGCGGCUCCGGCGGCGAUAAGCCGGACCGGGAGACCGCCAUCAUGUCCAAGUACUACGACGGAGUGGAGUUUCCGUUCUGCGACGAGUUCUCCAAGUACGAGAAGCUCGCCAAGAUCGGACAGGGCACCUUCGGGGAGGUGUUCAAAGCCAAACACAGACAGACGGGUAAGAAGGUGGCUCUGAAGAAGGUGCUGAUGGAAAAUGAGAAAGAAGGGUUCCCCAUCACAGCUCUGAGGGAGAUCAAAAUCCUCCAGCUGUUGAAGCACGAGAAUGUCGUGAACCUGAUAGAGAUCUGCAGAACCAAAGCCACCCAGUUUAACCGCUACAAGGGCAGCAUCUACCUUGUGUUUGAUUUCUGCGAGCAUGAUCUGGCCGGGUUGCUCAGCAACGCCAACGUUAAGUUCACGCUGUCCGAGAUAAAGAAGGUCAUGCAGAUGCUCCUGAAUGGCCUCUACUACAUCCACAGGAACAAGAUUCUGCACAGAGACAUGAAGGCGGCGAACGUUCUGAUCACGAGGGACGGCAUCCUGAAGCUGGCUGAUUUUGGGCUGGCCCGAGCCUUCAGUCUGGCUAAGAACAGCCAGGGGAACCGCUACACCAACCGCGUGGUCACCCUGUGGUACCGACCGCCGGAGCUACUGCUAGGAGAGCGUGAUUAUGGUCCUCCUAUUGACCUGUGGGGCGCCGGCUGUAUCAUGGCUGAGAUGUGGACCAGGAGCCCCAUCAUGCAGGGCAACACAGAGCAGCAUCAGUUAACGCUCAUCAGCCAGCUGUGUGGAUCCAUCACUGCAGAGGUGUGGCCAGGUGUGGAUAAGAAGUACGAGCUGUAUCAGAAGAUGGAGCUGCCGAAGGGUCAGAAGCGGAAGGUGAAGGACAGGCUGAAGGCGUACGUUAAGGACCCCUACGCUCUGGACCUCAUCGACAAGCUGCUGGUUCUGGACCCCGCGCAGAGGAUCGACAGCGACGACGCGCUCAACCACGACUUCUUCUGGUCCGACCCCAUGCCCUCCGACCUCAAGAACAUGCUCUCCACGCACAACACCUCCAUGUUCGAGUACCUGGCCCCACCCAGGCGCCGAGGUCACAUGCCCCAGCCGCCAGCCAAUCAGAACAGAAACCCUGCCACCACUAGCCAACCGGAGUUCGACAGGGUGUUUUGAUUCAGUGACCAGAAGAACAAGACUUCUGACUGGAUCAGGGAGCAGGACCAGGACCAGGACCAGGACCGGCCUCAUCCUGUAGCGAGAAAACAUGAUUUACAUAUAUUUAUACUUAUCGCUUCAUGGCGCUCUGUUGAUCUUUUCAGCUAUUUUGGUCUGGGAUCAGGUCGGCUGUGUCUGUGCUGGGUUUGGUCACUGUGUGUCAUCUGGGAACAGUGGUUUGAUGGGAAUGAAUGCCUUGGUAAGGCAUUUUAGAGUAAACAACGAAAGAAUUAUUAUGAUGGUGUGUGGGAGGGGAACAUAGACUUAUACUCAAAAAAAAUGACUAAAUCUGGAAUUUCACUUAUUUGUCCCAUUCAGGGGCAACUUUUGUGGCACAACAUGAUCCUGGUCUUGGAUUUAAUGACGUCAGUGAAGUCUAAGAGCCGGUCGACGAUGCGCAGCAUCUCAAAAGAAGAGGUGUGCAGGUUUUUCAGAUGGCGAUCAGCUCUCUCCCCAUCUGUGUAUUUCCAAUUUUAUUUUUUAUUUACUUUUUUUAUAAAGCGUUUAUUUGAAAGGUGGAGUUUGUUUUGGGUUCGUUUGUUGGUUGAUGAAGUACUUGUGAGUAUAACACCAAUAAACCUCUCACUUCGCUCAA